AUACAUGAUGCCGGUUGGGCUUCGCCGCGACCUUUGUUAAAGAUUUGGAUUAUUUCAUUAAAGAUGUCGAUGUGGAAUCGGAAGAACUCGGUGGCCAUUCAGUCGUACUCAGCCAAAGCUGGCAAACCCGAAGCGGAUGAAAAUAAACGAUACAUCCGCAAGCAGAAUUCUUACAGAUCGAUAUCCCGGAGCAGUUCGAUAGACAGUUCAGCUAGCUAUUCAGACAGCUAUUCAUCAGAUGAAGACGAUGUAUCGCCAAGGGAAAGAUCACAGAAAAACAGCAGCGGUGGAUCUGAUUUUUGUGUUAAGAAUAUUAAGCUGGCUGACUUUGGUCGCAGGGAAAUUGAAAUAGCUGAACAAGAAAUGCCAGGUCUUAUGCUCCUGCGAAAACGGAAUUGCACGGACAAGCCAUUAGAAGGAGCAAAAAUUGUUGGUUGCACACAUGUAACUGCGCAGGCUGCAGUUCUGAUAGAGACCCUCACAGCUCUGGGUGCCCAGGUUCGCUGGUGUGCAUGCAACAUUUACUCAACACAGAAUGAGGUUGCUGCAGCCUUGGCUGAAGCAGGUUACCCCAUCUUUGCCUGGAAGGGAGAGUCUGAGGAAGACUUUUGGUGGUGCAUCGAGCAGUGUAUCACAGCAGACAAAUGGCAGCCUAACAUGGUGCUGGAUGACGGUGGCGAUGCAACUCAUUUGUUGUACAAGAAAUUCAACGGAACUUUUAACACCCUGCGUGGAGUAGUGGAAGAAAGUGUCACUGGGGUUCACAGGUUGUACCAGCUUUCCAAGCAGGGAAAACUAACGGUGGCAGCCAUGAAUGUCAACGACUCAGUCACCAAAACAAAGUUUGACAACAUGUACUGCUGUCGAGAAUCAAUCUUAGAUAGUUUAAAGAGAACCACAGAUGUAAUGUUUGGUGGCAAACAGGUUCUUGUGUGUGGAUAUGGAGAGGUUGGCAAGGGUUGCUGUUCAGCACUCAAAGGUCUUGGUGCAGUAGUGUAUGUUGCAGAAAUUGAUCCCAUCUGUGGUCUUCAAGCUUGCAUGGAUGGUUUCCGAGUUGUCAAGAUUGACAUGGUGGUGAAAAACAUUGACAUCCUUAUCACUUGCACAGGCAACAAGCAUGUGGUUACAAGAGAUCAUUUGGACAGAAUGAAGAAUGGCUGUAUUGUUUGUAACAUGGGGCAUUCAAAUACAGAAAUUGAUGUGGCUAGCUUAAGAACUUCAGAUCUGACUUGGGAGAAAGUCAGAACCCAAGUAGAUCAUAUCAUCUGGCCAGAUGGCAAGAGAAUUGUGUUGCUUGCAGAGGGUCGCCUGGUCAAUCUGAGUUGCUCUAGUGUUCCUUCAUUUGUAGUAUCCAUUACAUCAACAACACAGGCUAUAGCAUUAAUUGAACUUUUCAAGGCACCUCCUGGUAGAUAUAAACAUGAUGUCUAUCUUCUGCCCAAGAAGAUGGAUGAGUACGUAGCAAUGUUGCAUUUGCCAACAUUUGAUGGCCAUUUGACAGAGUUGACAGAGGAACAAGCAAAAUAUCUUGGAGUUAACAAGAAUGGCCCUUUCAAACCCAAUUAUUACAGAUACUAAUGGCCAGGGACUGGAAUCCACAACAGCCAUGGAUAAAUUUCUUGUAAAUUCAUUGAACAUUUUUAAAAUUGCUAUUUAUGAAAGAAAGCAGUAUUUUGCAACUUUUGGUCCAACCUUAGUCUGCCCAACCUCUGCAAGUAACACUGUAGUCAAAGCUGAAAAACUAGAUGUAGAGUUUCUUGGAAUAGACAUCUUUCUAAACAUGAGUCUGAGUCAUUUUCUGGUAAUCUCUGUCCAUUUCCAUGAAUCACCUCGUGUAGUACACCAUUUUUAAAGAGGCAUGUGUUAUUUUGCCUUGCCAUUUCUCUGCAAAAAUGCUUCAUGUAUGUGGGGCUGUGCCAUGCUCUUGUCAUAUGCAUGUAAAAGUAGGAAAUUAAUUAAUUUGGUUGGUCAAAGAGAUAGUCAAGUAUAGACUGUCAUGUGCAUUGCUUGAUUUUGUCUACAAUAAAGCAUAAGAGGUUAUAUUUUGUAUAAGAGAGGUGUUAAUUUGUUGCUUAUGGCCACUAAUAUGGUAAUCAUGCAGGAUCUAUCUGCCAACUGUUUGUUGAGUAAACUUGGUUCUGUUGAGAGCCUUUUUCAUUUUAUUUUUUUUUUUUACACAAGGCCCUCUGCAUUUCUUCUUUGGUCUUUACAAGUUAGGAAAUAACUUAAAAGUACUAAAUGGGGGUGUUGAUGCAAACUGCAAAGAAUAUGAAAAGUAUUUUUUUCCAUCUCUGGUGCACAUAUUGGGUUCUUUAAAUGAUGGUUACAGCAGCAAUUGCCAGUGAAAGAAAAGAAAGAUUUUGUGAGCAGAACAAUGGCUGGGAAUAGCCAUUUGAAAACUCUGUCCAUUUCAUAGCUGUUUCUGAAAAUUGGUGCAAAAUCAGUGAAAUGUAGGGACUUUGUUUACAGCAACCCCAUUUGCAAACUCAAUGCUUCAGGAUUAGUGCUCUUGCAGAAAGGAGACACAUUGAGUCUCUUGUAAAAUUGUCUAAAUUGUCUUAGCUUCCUUAUUUCAGUUGGCCAAAGCUGUCUAGGCAUUGCCAUAGUAACAGCUCAAGGUCCCUUAAUGUGAUACUUUAGUUAGAUUUCUUUUACAUUAAAAAUUUUAUGGAGGUAUGACUAUUCUAGUUUGCCAACCAACAGCUGGUAGAUAGAUCUCACUUAAUAGUGAGGAUCAUUUCUCGCAAUAACCAGAUGUCUAUGUAUCACUGACAUAAUUAAGUCUAUCAUAAUCAUGAUUAAUGAGCCUUCAGACCAGGCAAUGGUUAAUAAUAAUUUUAAGCAGUUUUCCAAAGUAAGUGCAAAGCAUGUCACCGAUAAUUAAAUAAAUGGAAAAGCUGCCUGUUUAUCAAGUCGAUUGAAUUAUAAGUUUGCUAAUUUUUCCUAGAUGAAGAAGUUAUUUAAAAUAUGCUUGUGCUGUCAUCUGUGUCUUUUGGUUUCUUUUUAUAUCCCAUACUCCCAAGUCUUCAGCUGUUGUAUGAUACUGUAAUGAGCGUGUUUAAUGACAUUAUAAGUGGCAUUCAAUAAAAUUGUGCCAUGUCACCGCA